CCAGUCCCUCGUCGUCUCGGUCUCGGCCGAACCCAGCACCUACUUGCCACCAUCCUCUAUAUAUAUCAUCAUCCUCAAGACACACACGCGCCCACACGCACACACACACUUCCCCACGCGCCAGUUCAUGCAAUAUCCUUUCCCCAGACUCCCCACAACCCACUUGUCUGGUCACACCACCAUAAAACAUACUUAGUCGGCCUCGCUGGCUGGCAACCUCACCACCUCUCCCAGCAAGGCAACUGCUCCUCAACAUCGCCGCAACCACUACCAACGAGUCUAUAAUGGCUCCCUCCAUCCCAAUUCCCACCCAGGGAGGCAUGUUUCAUACCUUCCAGGGUGUUACUCCCAGAAAGCCUUCCACAGACUCUCAGGACAGCGCAAAAACCAGCAGCAGCGCUACCGCCAAGAGGAUCACAACUCCCCAUGCUUGUGCUGAGUGCAAGAGACGCAAGAUCCGAUGUGACGGCCAACAGCCUUGUGGUCAAUGCCUUUCCAGCCGAGCUCCAAAGCGGUGCUUCUACGACAAGCACAGGCAGCGAGUGAUCCCAUCGCGAAAGACACUCGAGGCUCUGUCUCAGUCACUCGAAGAAUGCCGCUCAAUUCUGAAGCGCCUCUAUCCCAACCAAGAAGUGCAAGCUCUCCUCCCACUCUCGCGGCAAGAGCUCCUCAACCUCCUCGAUCGACCCAUGAUAGAUACCUCGGUCGGUGGUCUGCCAUCACCACCGCUCAACACAUCUCCCAUCUCGGAUCUCGACUCCCCGUUGAUGCCGAAGUCCGAUAACCUCCUCGAGCAAAUCCCAACCCGGGACGUUGAAUGGGAUGAGGAGCGAAGGGGGCGGGAUCCUAUUCCUGCAGAGGCCGACGAUGUCAACGCAUUGUCCCUCUCUGUUGACCGCCAGGCCUCAUACCUCGGUGCUUCGUCGAUCAAAGCUGCCCUCAUGGUCAUGCUCAAAGUUCAGCCUGGCCUACGGAACUCGCUCGCACCACUCACUAGCGUCGAGAUGUCGCACAUUUCCCCUGUCAUCAGACAAAAGGCCAGUGCGCCAAAGGAUCCCCAGCGAAUUCCGUGGUCGUGGAAGGGGCAGACUUUGAUUGACGCCUACUUCAAACGCAUCCACGCCUUCAUCCCAAUGCUAGACGAGCCAACUUUCCGAGCCGACUACCUCGAGGGCCAGCGCUUUGAUGCUCCUUGGCUUGCGCUCCUCAACAUGAUCUUUGCCAUGGGCAGUGUCGCGGCGAUGAAGUCGGAUGAUUACAACCACAUCAACUACUACAACCGGGCAAUGGAGCACCUUCCCAUGGACGCUUUCGCGAGCAGCCACAUUGAGACUGUUCAAGCCCUCGCCCUGAUUGGAGGCUAUUACCUCCAUUACAUCAACCGCCCAAACAUGGCCAACGCUGUCCUCGGCGCCGCCAUCAGAAUGGCAAGCGCUCUGGGCCUCCAUCGUGAGAGCCUCACUCAGGGUGUCGGCGACAUGGCUGCUGCCGAGACUCGGAGGCGCACCUGGUGGAGCCUGUUCUGUCUCGACACCUGGGCAACCACGACCAUGGGGCGCCCCUCCUUUGGCCGCUGGGGACCUGCCAUCAACAUCCAGCCUCCCGAGUUUGGCGUCAAUGCUGGCCGGGACUCUACGCAGCACGCUGGCAUCCUACCAUUGAUUGAGAACAUCAAGUUCUGCAAGAUCGCCACCCAGAUCCAGGACGCGCUCGCAAUCUCUCCUCUCCUCCGCACAGAGGACAGAUGCAACCUCGACGGGCAGCUUGUCAAUUGGUACAGCGGCCUCCCCUGGCUUCUGCGCACCACCGACCCAUGCGCAGAGCCGCUCUACAUUGCCCGCUGCAUCAUGAAGUGGCGCUACCAGAACCUGCGGAUGCUGCUACACCGCCCUGUCCUCCUCUCGCUUGCCAGCUCCGGUCUCAACCCACACACUCAAGCAUGCGAGACCGAUCUCGCGGCCAUUGAGACAUGCCGUGAGCUCGCGGCACAGACCAUCGACGACAUUGCACAUGAGUGGACUCGCAACCAAAUGAGCGGGUGGAACGCAGUCUGGUUCCUGUACCAGGCCGCCAUGGUCCCGCUCAUCAGCAUCUUCUGGCAAUGGGGCUCUCCCCGUGUGCCGGAGUGGCUCAAGCAGAUUGAGGCUGUUCUCGAGCUCCUCGAGACUAUGGAAGAGUGGUCUCUGGCCGCGCGCCGCAGCCGCGAGGUUGUCUGGCGCAUGUACGAGGCCAGCCGCGCCAUCCAGGCCCAGAACCCCCACACCAACCCUCAGCACCGCUCUGAGUCGCCGACCAUCCACGUCGGUGGAGACGGCAUGCUCAUGCCUGAGAGCGACAUGCAUAUGAGCCCAAUUGGUCUCGAGCCAGGUGACGGGCUCGGCGUCAUGGACAUCCUCGACCAGCAGGGCCUCUGGGACCUCGACGGCAUGAACUGGGGCGGCCAACCGGAAGAGGCCGACUUUGCCAGCCACGGCAUCCCCUUUCCUGGUCCCGGAUCCGCCGGCAUGGGCCACGGCGUUCACGACGGGAUGAUGCACAUGGAUUACGGCAUGGGCCAGGUCCCCACGGCAUCCACUAUGGAUGGAUUCCCCUACGUCUAGUGAAUCCUUCGACUCCCGCUCGAAGGACUUGCUAUUUACGGGCGUAAUAUUUUUUUUUCGGCUAUCAGAAAAGGUACCUCGUGCAUAUGAGGCUGACCAAUUGACG